AUGAAUACACAAUUAUCUUUAUUCAUGGCUAGCUUUUUCAUAUUGAUACAAGUUCUUUGCAUCAUUACAGCAGCACCCCAUUUUUCGUUUCAGACAUCUGAUGGAAGCUGUAGUGGUGGUUGCCGAUACAGUCCUACAGUAAAUCAGUGCGGUGAUGGAUGUGCUUGCAUUGUACAAUGGGCAGGACAUGGACAAUGUCAAAGCAAAAUAAGCAAAGAACCGAAACCAGUUGGAGAACAAUGCAGUGGCACCUGUAGAUAUGCAUCGCCUACCAAUCAAUGCGGUGACGGAUGUUUCUGUUCUGCUAAGUGGGCAGGAUAUGGUGCUUGUGAAAGUUUAAGCAAAUAG